AUGUCCUCCAUGAGCUCCCGACUUGGCAAGUUCACUUUCCGACGCGACAAAAAGCCCCAAAAUCCCCCCGCCUUCCGCCUCUUCCUCCCCCAACCCCCUCGUGGUGACCCCCUCCAACGUCUGCCCGUCAAUCAGCCUUCCCAACAACGUCCCCCGAGCUUCGCCUCAAAUCGACCCACAAGUCCCAUGGUCCACGGCCAACUCGCCCAGCACCCCGCCCCGCUCAACCUCAACACCACGAUGCAGUACGCCGGCCACCAGCAGCCCAUGAACCCUCCCCCGGGGUAUAGCAUGCAACCCCCACAACAAUCCCUUGGCCACCCGAUCCAGCCGUCCAUGAACCAGUCCCAGUAUCGCAACCCCGCCGUCGAGAUCGAGGGCGCCAAUCGAAACAAAGCGCAGCUCAUUGUGGGUAUCGACUUUGGUACCACCUUCUCCGGUGUCGCAUUUGCCUUUGCAACCAACAAUGAGGCCCGCGAGGAUAUCAUCACGGAAUGGCCGGGCGCGGGUACGCAUACAAAGCAAAAAAUUCCAACCGUCCUGUACUACGAUCAAUACCAGAAGGUAGUAGGCUGGGGUCCGGAUAUUGCGGAAGCCCUUGCGCCGACUGGGUACCCAAAGCCGGGCGUACAAAAGGUGGAAUGGUUCAAGCUGCAAUUGAUGCUGUCGGGAAACACUUAUAUCGACCCCAUCAACUUGCCUCCACUCCCACCUGGCAAAUCAGAAAUCGAUGUGGCGGCCGACUAUCUCUUCAAGUUGCGACAAGCCAUGCGCGCACAGCUGCAGAAGACUCUCGGUGAGGUAUUUACGCGAGAGGAGCGCAAUAUUCGCUAUUAUCUGACCGUCCCCGCGAUUUGGAAUGAUGCGGGCAAGGCAGCGACUCGUGCUGCUGCGAUCCAGGCUGGAUUCCUGCGCGACGAGAAUGACAACCGUCUUACCCUAGUAUCGGAGCCCGAGGCGGCUGCGCUCUUCUGCGCGAAGACGGGUUUGUUGAACCUGAAGAUCGGUGACGCCAUUCUCAUUGUCGAUUGCGGUGGUGGUACCGUCGAUCUGAUUGCAUACGAAGUCGAGGAGGAACAGCCAUUCAGCGUGGCCGAGUGUACUGCCGGAUCUGGAGAUUCAUGUGGUUCGACGGCCCUGAACCGCAACUUCAGCAACAUUUUGCGGGCCAAGAUUCGCAAAAUGAAGCUUCCUGAUGGAUCCCGUACCGCGGGCAAGGUCUACGCCAAGUGUAUCAUGGAUUUCGAGAACCGUAUCAAGGCGGACUUCCGGAACAACGGUCAAAAAUGGGCGGUCGACGUCGGUAUUGAGGCAGACUUCCCCGAUGCGGGCAUCGAGGAAGGCUACAUGACUUUCACCAAUGAAGAGAUUCUCCAGUGCUUUGAGCCCGUGGUGAACCGCAUUCUCGAGCUGGUUCGCAACCAGAUUAUUGCCAUCCAGGCACAGAACCGCUUGCUGCAGAAUGUUUUGGUUGUUGGUGGUUUCGGUGCCUCCGAGUACCUGUUCCAGCAGAUCAAGCUCCAUGUCCCACCACAAUUCCAGACCAAGGUGGUCCGGCCUAUGGACUCCGUGGCUGCCAUUGUCAAGGGUGCCGUGACAGCCGGUAUCACCGAGCGAGUGAUCACCCACCGUGUCGCCCGUCGCCACUACCUGAUGGCCACUCUUCAGCCCUUCAAGGAGGGAUACCACCCGGAGCAAUACCGGGUGCCCAGUCUGGACGGCCGCGACCGAUGCAAGUACACGCGCCAGAUCUUUGUGCAAAAGGGAGAGCGUGUCAAGAUCGGCGAGCCGGUCAAGGUCAGCUUCUUCCGUCAAGUGGCGCCUGGUGCAACCCUCAUGUAUGAGGACGUCCUGUACGCCUGUGAUGAGGAUGUCUGCCCCGAGUACACCAAGGAUCCUCGCAUCAAGGAAGUCGUCACUCUCACAUCUGACCUCUCGCGCAAGAACCUCGAAACCGACUUUGAGCGCAUGGACACCCCCCAGGGUAUCUUCUACCGGGUGUACUUUGACAUCUACCUCACCUUGGACGGAAGUGAGUUUAGUGCUGAGCUGGUUUGCCAAAACGAGGUCAUGGGCCGCUGCCGGGCCAAGUUCCGGUAG